UGGGUCAACUCAAGUUUUCAAUGCCUUUCAGAGAUCAUUUUAUCCUCUUGAAGAAAGAAGAAAAGUUUGCUUGUCAGACCCAAUGGGAGCCAUCUGGGAAAAGAUUGAUUUAUAGGCGAUUCAGUGCUUAGUUAUGCCAACAUAUUGAGAGAAAGCAUUAAUUCUUGUUUUUUCUGUGUUGGAAAUCUUUGCUAGGAGUACCCGAAUUCUAUUGCUUAGAAAGAAUUGACACAAAAGAAUAGAUUGGUUUGCUCUCAAUUUCUCAGAAGAGGACAAAUCUUUGGGAUGUUGCUCAUGUCGGUUAUCCAUUAGACUAUCAGUCAUUCAUCUCUCAACAGAAUCAAUUGGAUAUAGUGACCAAAGAUGGGAAGAGCACCUUGCUGUGACAAAGCAAAUGUCAAAAAGGGCCCAUGGUCUCCUGAAGAAGAUGCUAAACUCAAGGCUUUUAUAGAACAGAGUGGUACUGGUGGAAAUUGGAUUGCUCUUCCACAAAAAGCAGGUCUGAAGAGGUGUGGAAAGAGCUGCAGGCUGAGAUGGCUGAACUAUUUGAGGCCAGAUAUAAGGCAUGGUGGGUUCUCAGAAGAGGAAGACAGUGUUAUUUGCAGCCUCUAUGCAAACAUUGGGAGCAGGUGGUCUAUAAUUGCAGCACAGUUACCUGGAAGAACAGACAAUGACAUAAAGAAUUACUGGAAUACAAGACUGAAGAAAAAACUGCUUGGGAAGAGAAGAGAGCUCCAAAACCGUAGGCUUAAAGUAGAAGCAAAGAAUAACAUCCCAAGAGGGGUUUGUAUUUCAGAAGGUAUGUCUGCUGAAUCCACCAUGAAUGCAAUUAGGUCUCUGAUGCCAAGAAAUGAGGCAUUCUAUGUGCCAGAUCCAUUAUAUUAUGUGGGUAUGGAUCCAUCUUAUGCAUUUGGCCACAGUGCUCUAGUAAAUCCUCAGGCUUUGCAACAUGCAGCUGCAACAAGCUUUCCCAAUUGCUCAAAUUCAGAAUAUGCUUUAAGCUUUGGAACUGAUCCUUCUCAAGCUCUGGAGGGACUCAUUAUGUCUGAUAGCACAAUUCUUAGAAAGCUGAUCAUGAGGAAUGAAUGUGCACUCAGUGAGUGUUCAACAAACAAUACCAAUAACAAUGGAUUUCAAUCAUCUUCCUCAAAUGUUAGCUCUCACAUGUAUUCUCCACCGGCUACCUUCGGUCAUGUAGCUUUCCAGGAAUCCCUUGAAAAGUCCAUGAAAAUCAAUGUGAAAUCAGAACCAGUUGGUGUAUUUAACAACAAUGAUUCCAUGACAUUUAGAGACAGCAGCAGCUCCAGCACAGAGGGAAAUCAUUUUCAGCCUGCAUGGUUACAUGAAAAUGGGCUCAGUUCAGCUCAAGAUCAGAGCUCUUUGAGCUAUGAGUUUCCAGUGGAGCAGUUGAAUGAGUUGAUGUAUUUGAACAAUUAUAAUUCCUUCCUGGAACAGAAAGAAGACCCCUGUGACUAUUCAUCAUGCAGAGAUAGUGCUCCUGAGGAGACUACUGCCACUUGUUGGCCUGCACAAUUACUUCCUCAUUUUGAUGCUUAAAGUUAAUUUCCCUAACUAUUCCCACCUUCCUCCUAAUAAGAAAGGAACUACAUUACAGGGGGUGUGAUCCUCAUUUCAGUCUAAAUUAGAGGUGGAUUGUGUUUAUUUUUGUAGAUUAUAUAUGUAUACUUUAC